UCUGCAAUGAAAGGAGAUGAAAAAAGUGGCCUUUAGGACCCGGUGAAUAUUUGGGGAACUUCACAUCAGUUGCUGCAAGCAAACAUGGAGGACGGCGGAGUGCUGGUUGAGAAACCUCAGGAUGAUGUGCCGGCCCUGCUGCUGAAUUCAAGGCCCCAGACCGGCUUGUCUUUCUUGGCUCCUGAACCAGAAGAUCUGGAGGAUCUUUACAGCAGAUAUAAGGUUUGUAUUUUUGUGAUAAUGCUGUGCAAUUUAACAUUUUUUAUAUUUUUGAUUCCUUCAGGCUCAAAUUACUAUGUUCGGAUUCUGAGCACAAUCGACAGAGAGCUGCUGAAGCCCAAUGCCUCUGUUGCUCUGCACAAGCACAGCAAUGCUCUGGUGGACGUUCUGCCUCCAGAGGCUGACAGCAGCAUCAUGAUGCUUACUUCAGAUCAGAAGCCAGAUGUGAUGUAUGCAGACAUCGGAGGAAUGGACAUCCAGAAACAGGAAGUGAGGGAGGCUGUGGAGCUCCCCCUCACACAUUUUGAGCUCUAUAAACAGAUUGGUAUUGACCCACCCAGAGGAGUGCUCAUGUAUGGCCCACCUGGCUGUGGAAAGACUAUGUUGGCAAAAGCUGUGGCUCACCAUACCACAGCGGCCUUUAUUCGUGUGGUGGGAUCUGAGUUUGUGCAGAAGUAUCUCGGAGAGGGUCCACGCAUGGUGCGAGAUGUUUUUCGACUGGCCAAAGAGAAUGCCCCAGCCAUUAUCUUUAUCGAUGAGAUUGAUGCAAUUGCUACCAAGCGCUUUGAUGCACAGACUGGAGCUGAUAGAGAAGUGCAGAGAAUCUUGCUUGAGCUCCUCAAUCAGAUGGAUGGGUUUGACCAGAAUGUGAACGUGAAGGUUAUCAUGGCCACCAACAGGGCUGACACACUGGAUCCAGCUCUGCUGCGCCCGGGUAGACUGGACCGUAAGAUUGAGUUUCCUCUUCCUGACCGGCGACAGAAACGCCUGGUGUUCACCACCAUCACCAGCAAGAUGAACCUCUCCGAGGAGGUCGACCUGGAGGACUAUGUUGCCAGGCCUGACAAGAUCUCUGGUGCAGAUAUCAACUCCAUUUGCCAGGAGGCUGGUAUGCUGGCUGUGCGUGAAAACCGUUACAUUGUGCUGGCUAAGGACUUUGAGAAGGCUUACAAGACUGUUAUCAAGAAAGAUGAGCAGGAACACGAGUUCUACAAGUAGAAUAUACAUAGACUAGAUAUCGGCAUUAGCAUUUACCCAGUUUAUUUCGGCCUUUAUUUGUACGUACA